AAUUGCCGCUCUACUGAAAAAAAUGCAAUUGCCACCUGCUAUAGUAUGGAAUGUGCAAGCUACAACAGCAAUCGACCUAUUCGCUACUGCAGUCAGUGCAACAACAUUCGUCAUAACAACCGUCGUGGGUUAGACCAUGUUGUCCACACAACCAUUGGCUCUCCUUGGUCAAUGGAGCCUCAGAUGCAAAACUUUACUAUUGAAGCUAUUGUCAGUUUACUCAAUGAAGCCCAGCCAUUUGGAGACAAAACUAAGAGUAAAGACCAGGAUCGUCUGAAUAGGGCUGGGCUGCUGGAUGAUGUGGAUCAGGCCGAAUGUUUAACACCAGAAGAAUCUCGUCUCUUGAGCCGAUAUGGUGUGUGGCUGAUUGUUGGAUUGUGUGCUCCAACUCCUGAUACACCAAUAGAAAUGUUGGGUCGCAUCCUUGCUGCAUUGUGUCACUGGUUUAAUGCAACGCAAUACCUCCCAGAUGAUCAGCAAGGAACAGCUAUAGAAAGACUGAAGUCAGAGUACAUCCACAACUGGUUACAAGAUGUUUGCAAGACUCACUUUGAAGUCUUUGUUUCCUGCCUCAUGCCACACCCUGUAGAAUAUGCAAGAGUCGGUGGCCACUGGGAUACACUUGCAACUCGUACGGAUCACAUCAAGGAAGGGUUCAAUAGGUUGUUCUGUCUUGUUCCCUACGAACUUAUUACUGUCCAAGUGUGGGACCGUGUCAUGCCGAACUGGAUGGAGGCCAUUCACAAUGAAAUCCCUGAGGAAGAACUUACUGAGCUGAAAAUAACCUUAAGCAAACUCCUGGAUACUGAUAUGAGCCCACUUGGAUUUGAUGCUUCUCAGAUGUAUGGUUUUCUGAGUGUUCGAUUCAUCAAUACACCAGCCUCAGUGCAGGAACAAACUCUUUCAUGGCUUCAGAUCCUGUCUUCACUGAAUAUAGUGAUUCCAAUGAAUCUCUUGCUGACCAUGUUUAGUGAUGGAGUGUCUUCCCUCUGUAACCCUCCAGCUCCGGCAAGAAAGACUAGCACCAGUAAUAGAACAGAUUCUGCAAUUUUAGAGCCUGUGGUUGAGGAUGACUCUCACAGCAGCUCUGGCCUGUCUGAAGACGAGAAGCCACCAUCAGACCACCCAGAAGAUCACUACUCUGACCCAGAACUCAAUCUAACCUGUUUUGUGCUCAUGUUAGAUGUGCUCUUCAAACAGAUGGAAGUGCAGGAGAUUGAGAAACACCAAGGUGUAGAUGGAGCCGAUAGUAAAGUGGUUACAAAGCUAUUGAAAGACAUGCUGAAUGCCCCUUGCAUGUCACCACAUACCUGUGAUGGAGAGAGGGAGUGCACAACAUGUGAACUGACGACAGCCUUCUUCCAGCUUCAGAUGGAUGUUGUAGCCUUUCUUUGCCCUAGGGUAGCUAUCCAGAACAACAGGGUUGCCGAUAUCAUCCCACAAGAGAUAGACUCUUCGCAAGCAAAUAAGAGCCCUGAGUUAUCCUCCCAGGAUCCUCCUACUGUAGCUUCCUCUCAGUCACCAAAGCCGGGUGUACACCCUCCUUCUAAGGAAGGAGGCCUUAUUUCCAUGAUGGUUAAUAUGCCACAGAUUGUAACUGCAACCGUGGAGACAGUCGGUGAACUCGACAUUGCUGCAAAUAUACCACAGGAGCAUGUGGUCAAAGCAGUAGCAAGAGCUGUGACACUGACUGAAGAAGAUGUCGCGCAUGCAACUGCAAACGUUGCUCGUCCAAGUGUGGUAGACGAAGAUGAUAAGCCAAUUGACACAACUCAACAUAGUGAUGAGGAAUCUGACUCUUUCUGGGUGACCUCACAGGGCAAAUUCAAAUUUAAAAUGGAAGAAUUACCAUCUCACCUGCAAGUCAUAUACACCAUACUGAAGCGGCUGGAAACAACAGAAGAUGGUGAUGUUGUUUAUCAUAUGUGUGAGUGUCUGAAAUACUUGGUGCUUCAUGGAGAAGCCAUGGCUCAUGCAGCAAAUGAGCACAGAGGGUUUUUAAUAUGGUGUCAAGAAAAUAAGUCUAUCAAAAUCAUGUGGUCACUGAUAGAAGCUGAAUGGUCACAUGUUGCUGAGGUCUGCGUUUCACUGCUGCUGCACUUUGUAACUCUGCCAUGUGGUUCAGACAUAUUCUGGAAGCUGUGUGAAAACCAUUUCAACCAUCAGGAUUGGAAAGUCCGAUUUCAAGCAGUUGAAAAGGUGGUGGUCAUUGGACGGUUUUUGGGGUUAUCUGCUGUACGACAGUGUCCAGGACUGCAGGCAGCAAUUGCUCAUGCAUUUUGCUUCCUCAUUGCAUCUUUAGAUGAUAUUAAUGUUGCAGUAGCCCAGCGAGCUUCUUUGUACUUGACAACUUUACCAGACUGUGGCCUGCGAGCACUUUGUUGGUGCUUAGAACAGCAGUUUGAUAGUGUUAUAAUGGACAGGCCUAUGAUUAUUCAGGCCCUUCAUCAGUUGAGCUCACGCCUUCCAGAUCGUAGAAUCUUGUCAUGGGAAUUCUUUUAUAAUCGAUUUGAUGCACUUUAUCUUGAAGCUCAGAUUGCACUUGAAAAAUAUGGAGACAUUGCAUUCCCAAGAGAUCUGAAAAAUUCAGACAUGACAAGUGAUGUCUUUGAAAGAAAGUUAAGCAAAGCAAAGGAUGCUUUGACCUUGGUUCAGAGUGCAAGUGUUAGAACUCUCUCAGGAUCUCUUGGCACAAAAUGGCCUUACAAACGGACAAUGUCAGCACCAGCCAACAUGCUUAAUCGUGCGGUUGAGAAACAAGUGGAUAAAGGGAAGGAAAAAACAUAUCUCCGACAAGCCUCGGCGCCGUUGCUUAAAUGCAAGAGUUCGAAAUUUGGGCUUGGUCAGUUCAUAGGCUCAAACCAGUCCAAUCAUUUAGUCUCAGCAGAUGGAGGUAUGCGCUGCGGUGACGAUGGCUCAGUUGUUCACCAGCUCCAGCGUGCAAUGGAUCUGGAAGAGACUGAUAAGGACACUUUGCAUCUCCUGGUUUUCCUCUUCAUGCAGUUCCUGUCACAACCUCAACAUGUUGGAGGUAAUGAGGAUAAAGGAAGUGUAAAAGUGAUGAACCUUGUCUUACGGCAUUUGUCAGUGCUGAUGGGCUUCAGUCCACAAGAGCGUUGUUUCUCCAUAUCACCAGCAAGACUCAGAUCAUCUCCAGUGUUCAAUGCUUUUCUGUCCAACUUGCCUCAUGUCUUGGAUCAUAACUUCUGCAUGGGAAUAUCACUACUGCCUUCGUGUUUGCCAGUGCUGCAGUUCUGUGCUGCACCUCACAGAGUGGUUGACCUUCGCUAUCCAACAUUCAGUUUGUGGGGUCUUCAGCCUCAUGCAAGAAGAUGCUGGCUGAAAUCAGUUCUAACGCUCCUGUAUAAAUAUGAAUACAGUCAGCACCCUCUAUCAGGACAAGCACUGUCUUUGGUGCGUAUUGUUCUUAACACUAUAGAAAAUCACUAUCACCGCUGCAGGAAGGUUGAUGAUCCAACCAUGUGUGCAGCCAGUUCAGCAUACUCAAGAGAAGUGAGCCAAGGCUCAAUUGGUGGUAAUGAAGGGGAUCAUCCUGUAGAGUCUCCUCCUCUUUCGCCUGGGGCUCACCCUGGGGGCCGCAUAACGCUCAUAACAGGAAGCCUUCAUGCAGACCCACGAGCUCAGUGCUUUGUAGAUGCCAAGUCAGCUUUUGUUCCUGUUGGCCAGGAGUACAAAAGUAUUCAAACAUUACAUGGUCAUCACAAAUCUGCAACUGAUGAAGGCAGAAAACAGCGUAAAAAUAAUGAAUCUGUCCAAGGUGUGGACUGUGAUGAGGUAGAGCCGGAGUUAGAAGCAAUACCAGAGAGUCCCAAGACUGACAGUCCUGUCUGCCAGGAAUCACUGGGUGAGCUAGAAUCUUGUGAAAAUGUGAUCAAAGGAGAGAAGGCUGUAAUGUGUGUUGAGGAUAACCACAGUACAAGAGGCUAUAUUAUACAUCCCCCUUGUGCAAUGCUGACGCCUGCUACUGCAACUGCUUCUGUUGUAGUCCCCCAGACCAUCCCCAUCCGAGCACAAGUUGUCACCUCCGUCAUGGCUUCUCAGAUACAAGCAUUUGAUGAGUCUUUCACUGUAAAGAUUCAUAAUGCUGAAUUGGCAACUAUGAGCCCUUCUCUUCGUGAUGAUGGAAAAAUCAUCAGUAGCAGCACACAAGGCAACAACAGUCAUAAUAGCAGUAACUGCCAGCAUAAAUGGAUUCUUGGUGGGGAUGACUGCCAAGAGGUUGAUAGCCCAGAGAAAACCAAAGUAGCACCAGCCAAGCCCUUUGCCAAGCCCAAAGUCCAGCGAUUGAAGACGGUUGACCUUGGGAUUUUAGGCCACUCGGCAAGCUUGGACAACCAGCUACAAAAAAUCAAUGGCCGUGAUAUGAAGACUCUCUCCGUUGUCAGUGGCGAGAUUUCACCCAAGUCCCAUCGUCCUGUGAGUCAAAAAACAACAGGGAAUGUGUUUCGACCUAUAGAGAACCAAAAUCGCUCAACAGCUGAAACUCAAGAAGGUUCCAUGAGAGAACGACUACUUCCUGUGGGAUUAGAGAGGUGUGGCACAAGUGACAGUGGAUGCCCAAAGGGUACAUAUCUGGAGCCCAGGGUAAACAGGGCUGUGUUCAGUGAAGUACCCAAACUGGAGCAUGUGGAAGCUACAGUCACAGAGACAAGUAUCUAUGAUCCCUCUGUUAUACAAGCAGUGAAUCAAGGAGAGACAAGAAGAGUUUCUGACGAAAAGGAAGGUUCAGUUCAUUCAGGCCACAUCCAUCACCAGUCACCUCAGUCUCCCUUGUCUAUGAUGGACCUCAUGACACUUG